AUGAUUGGGGUGGAUAAUAUAAUACAGAAACCGUCCGAAUAUACGUACUUUAAAUAUAGUCACUACACACAGGACCGCAUCAACGAAGAUGAAUCCGUUCGAAUUGUUGUUGACGAGGACAAUUUACCUACAACGUGUUUUUACACAUUUUUCAAUUCACAGAACUUGGUGAACUGCGUGGAUUGGUGUGACGACGGACACAUCAUUUCUGUCGGGUGUUCGGACUCGUCCAUUCGAUUAUUCAAUAUGAAAAACACAAAAGUGAUCAACGGAAUGAACCCAACAGAGAAGUUAAUCGGCCACAGCGCACCAGUGUUUUGUACAAGCAUUUCCCCAGACUUCAAGUGGAUUGUGUCAGGGUCGGAAGAUUCAUCCGUGCGGUUGUGGUCAGUCGAUUAUCCGUCGUGCAUCAUGGCGUUUUCGGAACACGACGGACCAAUUUGGGACGUACAAUACUGCCCAUUGGAAUACUAUAUGAUCUCAUCUUCAUACGAUAAAACAGCGAGAUUGUGGACGUCAAAACAGUGUAAAAGUGUUAGAAUAUUUGGGGGUGAUGGUGGUCACACUGAGGAUGUCAACUGCUCAAUAUUUACACCCGACGCUUUGAUGGUGAUCACUGGGUCUUCUGAUAAAACGGUGAAAAUCUGGGAUGUGGGAAAGGGAAGAAAAUUGGCAGACUUGAGCGGGCAUGAUGCACCAGUCACCACAUUAGCAAUAAGUUCUAGUGGAAGGUAUUUAGCGUCUGCAGAUCAGAAAGGUUCUGUUUUCAUCUGGGAUAUCAAAUACGGAGAACCAGCAAAGAAAAUAAAAAUGCUCAAAACGUCUGACUCUGCGAUCACGUCAAUGUGCUUUUCCAAUUCAGUAUCAAAGGAGAGGGAAGACGACAUUGUUCUCGUGACGUGUUGUAACGAGAAUUACAUCAGUGUCUGGAAUGUCCAACAAGCUCUCCACGAGACUGAGAGUAAGCACAAGCUCUCAAUGAAUAGUGCUGAGAAUUAUUUGCUGAAACAGUAUAACACAAAAGACACACCCGUCAUGUCCGUCAAGUUUACACGAAGAAACUUGCUUCAAGGUGCUGGGAUAUACAGCCCACUCGCUUGA